UCCGGCGGCGCGGAGUGCGGAGCCAAGAUGGCGACCGAGUUGGAGUACGAGUCCGUGCUGUGUGUGAAGCCCGACGUCAGCGUCUACCGGAUUCCACCCCGAGCCUCCAACCGCGGUUACAGGGCAUCUGACUGGAAAUUAGACCAACCUGAUUGGACUGGUCGCCUCCGAAUCACUUCGAAAGGGAAGAUUGCCUAUAUCAAACUUGAAGAUAAAGUUUCAGGGGAGCUGUUUGCCCAGGCACCAAUAGAACAAUAUCCCGGCAUUGCUGUGGAGACAGUGGCAGAUUCCAGCCGCUACUUUGUAAUCCGGAUCCAGGAUGGUACUGGGCGGAGCGCUUUCAUUGGCAUCGGCUUCACAGAUCGGGGGGAUGCCUUUGACUUUAAUGUCUCCUUGCAGGACCACUUCAAGUGGGUGAAACAGGAAUCUGAGAUUUCCCGAGAGUCUCAGGAAAUGGACGCUCGUCCCAAGUUGGACCUGGGCUUUAAGGAAGGACAGACCAUCAAGUUGAGUAUCGGGAAUAUUACAACCAAGAAAGGAGGUACUUCUAAGCCCAGGACUGCAGGAACUGGAGGGCUAAGCCUGCUCCCGCCCCCACCUGGCAGCAAAGUUACUCUUCCCCCACCUUCCUCAGUUGCCAUCAGCAAUCAUGUCACCCCGCCCCCCAUUCCAAAGUCGAGCCAUGGAGGGAGUGAUGCAGAUAUCCUUUUAGAUUUGGAUUCUCCUGCCCCUGUUACAACACCAGCAUCAGCACCAAUUUCUGCAAGCAAUGACUUGUGGGGAGACUUUAGCACUGCAUCCAGCUCUGUUCCAAACCAGGCACCGCAGCCAUCCAACUGGGUCCAGUUUUGAAUAGCAUUGGCAAAACAUGAAGAACAGACUUGAAGAAUAAAAACGACCUUGAGGGCACCAAUCAGUCUGUGAGGGAAGUUAGGAACCCCUCCCGUCCCUGGAACCAAAUUACUGGACAAUCUUUUUUGUAGCUUCUCCAUUGCAUUGAAGCCAGUUGCUGUCACUCCCCUGUGUUGUCACUGGCUGUGCAGCCAGGAGAGUGUGUGUUAUGUCCUGCUCACUACCAAGGGUCGGGGGGAAGACCGAUGUGGUCAUACUCACGGCUGACUAUGCAGGGCUCAGAAAGCAAUCUGUGUUUGACGGGGAAUGACUUUUAACAUCUGGGCAUUUCUUCUGUAUCCUUCAAAUUCUUUAACUUACUUCAAAAAAUCAUCUCAUGACCCUGCGUGCCUCUUUGUGAAGCCCUAUUUAGCAAUUUCAGGAGAGACAAAAACCUUAAAACUUCCCUUCUCCACCUACCCAAGACUGAAAAUGGACAGGCUGACCUCAAUGUUUCCAAAUUCAAAAUUUUGACAGUGUUGGGUUUGGAGAAAGAUGUGUUUCCUCUGCUGUAAAUACAGCCUCCCUCAGGCUUCUCCUGUCCAGUGAAGGUCCAGUUCUGGGUGUGGCUCCGUCACCCUCCUGUGUGUUUACAUGUCUCUUCCUGUGAUAAGAGGGCUGUGCUGGUGGCACCUUCGCUCUGUGUCUGUUGAAUAGCCCGGCAUCUUUGACCACUCGGUGUUUCUGAGACGAAGGAGGCUCCAGGGGUCGUGCUUUCCAAGCUAGAGUCUGCAGAAGUGUUUGUCCUGCAGCCCUCUGGUUGCUGCAUUUGAAGCACAGCAUUAAUCUGUAUUUGCCCCAUUGUUUGACCGCGUCUUUAACCUUAUCUGUGGAGCAGAGAGGCGGAAAGCAGUUAACUCCCAUUCAGUACCCACAUUGCCUUGCUGCCUGGGUAUUUGGCCCCCUAGAAUAAACAAUCCAUUUAUCUUUUUAAUAAGAAGCUGCUAUUACACAUGCUGUCAUUUAUGAAGAGAGUUGAAGAGUCACAGUUUUGCCUGUGACAAGUUUGCCCAAGGCUUUGAUACCCACUACCCAGGGUAUCUUAAAAAUCAAAUUUCUGUCCUCUACUUUCCUUUCGUUCUGCCCUGCCAUUCCUUUUACAAUGCUGUGAAGAGAGUUCCCCUCCUCAGAUGAAUGGGUAUUCUUUUGUUUGUUUGUUAAUGGGCAGUUUUGAGGAUGAAAUGGGAGGAUAUAAUUUCUUCCAUUAGCACCUGUUUAGAUAUGUACACUCUAGGAGAGUCCUGAUAUUUAGUUUCUAAAUAGUACUCUCUCCUGGAUUUCCUGCUUACCUUUUUCUAACUUUGGGUCCAUUUCAUUCAUUGCCUCCCCUUCCAGGCAGCUCUGUUCCUGCAGAGCCAUGGCAGAACAUUUCAAAUGCCGAUGGAAAACACUACAAGGAAAGUCUGUAGAAUCACUAGUGACUGACUGUUGGGAACCUAUUUUCUCAGUCUUCUUCCAUGUGUGUUCUUUGUAUUCUCAAGAUGAUAAUAUAUUAUGUAUUUGAAUUGCUGAAAAAUGGAAAAUGAAGUUUAAAAUAUAUGUAUAUAAAGCAUAUGCUGUAUUGGUGCAAUAAUGAUAAUUAAAACAUGGAGAAA